UUGUCAAACCAAAAGGGGCCACUCUAGUCUCUAUCACCCACGCAAAUGUAGAAGGCAAAUACCAAAAAGGAGCUUCACUCUCCUAAAACUCCAUGGCUUCUGCUUCCAUAUGCGAACGACUGCCCGUUGACUCUACAAUUUCUCGCUGGACAUACGAUGUUUUCCUUAAUUUUAGAGGCGAGGACACGCGGAGAGGCUUUACAGAUCAUCUUUAUGCUGCUUUGGACAGGUUUAGCGUCUACACAUUCAAGGAUGAUGAAGAGCUCCGUAAAGGGGACUACUUUCCCACUCAGCUCUUGGAGGCGAUUGAGGGGUCUAAGAUUUCAAUUGUCAUAAUCUCCAAAACUUAUGCCUCCUCCAGUUGGUGUCUAGAGGAGUUAGUGAAGAUCUUGGAAUGUAAGGAGAUGUUAAACCAGGUGGUUCUUCCCAUAUUCUACCAUGUUGAUCCUUCCCAGGUACGCAAACAAACAGGCAGUUUUGGUUAUGCGUUCACUCAACAUGAAGAACGAUUUGAGGCAGAUAGAAUUGGUGCGUGGAAAGCUGCACUCACUAAGAUUGCGGGGUUUAUAGGAUGGCAUUUGAAAGAAGUCGGAGACAGGUCUGAAUCAGAGUAUAUCAAUGAAAUUGUGGAGGUGGUCCAGCAGGAAGUGAACCAUACAUACUUGAAUGUUGCUAAACACCCUGUUGGAAUUGAUGUUCGUGUGAGUAAAAUUCAUGCUUUAUUACAAAGUGGAGCAAAGGAUGAAGUUCGUAUCAUUGGGAUUUAUGGCAUGGGUGGUGUAGGGAAAACAACCCUUGCAAAAGCCAUAUUUAACAAAAUUUAUAGAAUGUUCCAAGGUAGUAGCUUUCUUGCUGAUGUUAGAUCAAAAGGUUUAGACCGCUUACAAGAGAAGCUUCUUUGUGAAACUCUAAGGACAAAGAAAUUUGAAGUUGACAAUGUUCAUCGGGGAAUUAGUUUGGUUAAAAAAAGACUUGGGUUAAAAAAGCUUCUCGUUGUUGUUGAUGAUGUAAACCAUAUAAGUCAAUUAGAAGCAUUAGUUGGAGAACGAAAUUGGUUUGGUCCAGGCAGCUUAAUUAUAAUUACGACCAGAGAUGUUCACUUGCUAAAUUGUCUUGAAAUAGAUGAAAUGUACGAAGUUGAGAGGUUAAGUUCCUGCGAAUCUUUGCAAGUCUUUAGUUUGCAUGCAUUUAGGAAUCCAGUCCCGUUGGAGGCUUAUGCAAAACUAUCAAAUAUGAUAGUAAGUUAUGCUGGGGGACUUCCUUUGGCGCUUACAGUUUUAGGUUCACAUUUUUGCGGAAGAAAGUCAAUUCAAGAAUGGCAAGAUGACUUUGAGAAACUAAGAAGGAUUCCUCAUGAAGAUAUUUUGAAGAUUCUCAAAAUUAGUUAUGAUGCACUUGACGAUGAUACUCAAAGAAUCUUUCUUGAUAUUGCUUGCUUUUUUACGGGUGGAUAUUUCGAUCCAGAAGAGAUUGUUAAGAUAUUGAAUGGUUGUGGUUUCUUUGCUCAGAGUGGAGUUAGAAUUUUAAUUGAUAGAUGCUUGUUAAAAGAAGAUCUUUGUAUGCAUGAUUUAAUUCGAGAUAUGGGAAGAGAAAUUGUUCGCCAGGAAUCUGCUAUGCAACCUGAGAAAAGAAGUAGAUUAUUUUUACAUGAUGAAGUUUUGGAUGUGCUUGUGAGCAACAAGGGCACUGAAGCAAUUGAAACAAUGGUUAUAGAUUUGCCAAAGAAUGUGAAUUUGAGUACAGAGGUAUUCUCUAAAAUGACUAGAUUAAGAGUACUCAAAAUCUUAUCCAUGGCUAUCAGUGGACCUUUGAAAUACUUGUCCAACGAGCUUAGAUUGUUUUAUUGGCGAAAUUGCCCUUUGAGACGCAUAUCAUCUGAUCUUUGUUUGAAUAAGCUUGUUAUUUUAGAAAUAACAAGCAGCAAUAUUGAGGAAUUUCAACCCAAUUUGCAGCAUUUUAGAUUCUUGGAUAUCUUAAGACUUGAUUUUUGCGAGCAACUUAAAAGAGCCCCAAACUUCACUGGAGCACAUAGUAUAAAGACACUUUCCCUCUAUAGUUGUUCAAAUUUGGUUGAAUUGCCACAAUCAAUUGGAGAUUUAAAAAACCUUGUCAAAUUACAACUGGGAUACUGCAAAAAUCUCAAAAUGCUUCCUAGUAGCAUUUGCAAGUUGAUAUCUCUUGAGUAUCUUGGAUUGGAAGAGUGCUCCAAGAUAAAAGAAUUACCUACCAACUUGGGAAAAUUGGAGCAAUUACGUCAGCUUGAUGCAAGUGAGACUUCCGUGACAUAUCUACCCAUUUCUUGUGGAUCUUUGAGAUAUCUCAACUAUUUGGCACUACGGCCAUUGUUGUGCCCGCAAGAAAGUGUGGAACCCAUUGGGCAUUUGGCAUCUUCAUAUGCUAAUUUAUGUUCCUUGCGUGGUCUAUGUGCUCCUUACCACUAUCUGCAACAUUUAGAACUUCAAAUUGGUCAUGGGAGUUUAUCCUUUUUGACAUUUUUAGAUUUAAGCCAUAGUUACUUCAAUACCCUACCCUUUAACUUUUGUCAUCUUUCCCGGCUACGAGAUCUCAUCUUGAACAACUGUAAGAACCUUCAAGUGAUUCAAGAUCUUCCCUCUAGCCUACACACUCUCUCCGCAGAGAAUUGUCUAGUUUUGGAAAAGGCAUCAGUUUUGUCUGGCAUAGAGGUACGGAGUUUGAAGCUUCCCAACUGCAGUAAUUUGGUUGAGCUUCGAGACCUGGAAAAUCUCACUUCUCUAGAAGACAUCGACAUAAGAAAUUGUAGCACAUUGAGCAGUAAUUCUUGUUUUGUAAACUUGUUCAAGGCACAUUUUCAGAAGUCAGACCUUCAACAGUUUACAGUGUGGGUUUCAAAAGACAUGAUUCCAGAAUACUUAUGGUGCAAUGAAGUAGUUGGUUCUUCAUCAAAUUACAAAUUGCCAUUGUUUUUGGAGGAAAAACUGAUAUUAAUUGUUUUGAUUUCACGGGGGUGCGUUGGUAGGUGUUUCUUUAAAAACAAAACCACAGGUGUUGAAUUGUUGAUAUUUGAGCUGGGGUACCCUUUGGGGCCACAUAAUGAUGAUAUGGUGUUGGAAUGCAAAGUGUAUGAUCAUUUUACAGAACCCAUCAAAGUUGAAGAGCUGGAGGUGUUUAUAGAGUUAUAUCCGCUGCGUAUCAAAACACCAAAAGAGAAUUUAACUAUUCAUACAUGUAUAGUGUAUGCAGACAAAGAUGGUGAGCUAUACUUCUUUCCUGUAAAUGUGGAGAUAAAAUUUCCCCCUGGAUAUACAGAAGGAGUAAGCCGAAACCCUGAUUCAAACGUGGAAACAGAGCAGCAUAAUAGGCGACAUGAAGAAGGGAGUUGCAUUUGGGAUGUUCUGCGCCUGCAGCCUUUAUUUGGAUGUCUUGGUUUUUCUGGCAGACACAAUUAGCUCUCCACAACAUUUGGGGCACUCUUUAGGCUCUCCAAACUCCAGCUUCCUCUGUCAACAAUCACCAGCUAGUAGUGGACUAUUAGCCCAUUCCAUAGCUUGCAGCUCCACCGCCUCCACGGACCACCAGACCACCAUCCUUGCGCCUCUGGUCACAGCUAUGUCAUCCACCGAAUUGCCUCCUCUGUCUUUUGCUUUCAGUCGGUCAGCAGCCAGCAGGACAGCAGUUCCAUCAUUCAUUGCUUGUCUUCGGUCGCCAUUACUCAAAUAGCAGCUCUUCAGGUGUUGUUGCUGCUGCAAGGCUUUAGGGUGAUUGGUCGAACGAACUGAGCUAACGCCGCGGAGAGAUUCAAUAUAUUUUCUUAAGAGAGAUGAAGGGUGUGGGUGUAAAUGCAGCAGGAGAUGGUCUGGUUUUUGGGCUGUAAUUUUCUGUCUACAGUUGUGAAAAUGGUGUAUGUAGGAUAGCUCUCAUACAUUUACUACUCAAUUGAUUAACUGAUUUUAGGCUUGUGCAGCAGUUUUAAUCUCUUCUAUAUAGUCUUGUUGGCUUGUACACAUUGAUCUGUAUGGUAAUGUUCUGCCAUCAUGUUUGCUCUCUAAAUUGUGCUAA